AUGACAUAUGCUACUUUUAAGAAGUUGUAUUAUGAGAAGUACUUUUCGGCGCCCAAGCGGAGGGAACUAAAGAAGGAGUUUGAUGGGUUGAAGCAAGGAAGCAUGACAGUUACAGAGUAUGAGAAUAAGUUUACAUCGCUUUUGAGGUUUGCACCGGGGAUUGCUAAUGAUGAGGAAGGAAAGAUAGAGAAGCUUGUUGAUGGUCUUAAUCUCACCAUUAGGUCAAUUGUAAUUGCCUCAGAACCGACAGAGUAUGCAAAAGCAGUGCGAAAGGCCUUAGUAGUUGAGGAUGAAAGCAGGGACAGUAAGGCUAUCAGGGAAUCCUAUAAGCAUAACAGGGGUAUGAGUGCUUUCUCUGAGGGUCAAUCAAGUAAGAAGCAGAAGCAUGAGCAGUCAGGGUUCAGAGGACAGCAGCCAGUCAGAUCCGCCCCCACAGCUCCAGUAUCCAUGGGGUCUUCUACACCGAAUGUUACUUGUUUUAGAUGCGGAGAGCUGGGACAUUACAAGUCCCAAUGCACUCAGACACAGGUAGCUCAGAUGAUUUGUUUCAAGUGUGGGUAG